AUGGAAACAGGGAAAGACAUGGAAACAGGGAAAGAAAGGGAAACAGGCCCAGACAUGGAAACAGGGAAAGACAUGGAAACAGGGAAAGACAUGGAAACAGGGAGAGAAAGGGAAACAGGGAAAGACAUGGAAACAGGGACAGACAUGGAAACAGGGACAUGGAAACAGGACCAGACAUGGGGCCAGGACAUGUUAGUGCCCUCUGCCCUGCCCUCUGCCCUGCCCUCUGCCCUGCCCUCUGCUCUGCCCAGCCAUCUGCUCAGCCCUCUGCCCAGCCCUCUGCCCUGCCCUCUGCUCAGCCCUCUGCUCUGCCCUCUGCCCUGCCCUCUGCCCUGCCCUCUGCUCUGCCCUCUGCUCUGCCCAGCCAUCUGCUCAGCCCUCUGCUCUGCCCAGCCCUCUGCUCAGCCCUCUGCUCUGCCCUCUGCCCGGCCCUCUGCCCAGCCCUCUGCCCAGCCCUCUGCCCUGACCUCUGCUCUGCCCAGCCCUCUGCCCAGCCCUCUGCCCAGCCCUCUGCCCAGCCCUCUGCCCAGCCCUCUGCCCAGCCCUCUGCUCUGCUCAGCCCUCUGCUCAGCCCUCUGCUCUGCCCAGCCCUCUGCCCAGCCCUCUGCCCAGCCCUCUGCCCAGCCCUCUGCCCAGCCCUCUGCCCAGCCCUCUGCCCAGCCCUCUGCUCAGCCCUCUGCUCAGCCCCCUGCUCAGCCCUCUGCUCAGCCCUCUGCUCAGCCCUCUGCUCUGCCCAGCCCUCUGCUCUGCCCAGCCCUCUGCCCAGCCCUCUGCCCAGCCCUCUGCCCAGCCCUCUGCCCAGCCCUCUGCUCAGCCCCCUGCCCAGCCCUCUGCUCAGCCCUCUGCUCAGCCCUCUGCUCUGCUCAGCCCUCUGCUCAGCCCUCUGCUCUGCCCAGCCCUCUGCCCAGCCCUCUGCCCAGCCCUCUGCCCAGCCCUCUGCCCAGCCUGGUCUGGUAG